AUGAUGGAAAUCAUGGGCGUGUUCUACAACAUCCUGGGUGUCGUGCUCCUGGUCCUCGCGGGCUUCGUCAUCUGGAUCAAGUGGGACGCGGUCCUGCUGAUGCUGACCGGAGACUCGAAGAUCCACUGGAGCAGGUACGACCAGGCCUUCUGGUGUUGCUUCAGGUGUUGUGGUCUGACCAGUGGGGAGUGGACCCGGUCGCUGAGCGGGGCGAUCUGCAAGUGCGAGUGUUGGCCCUUCUUCAGCAGGAGGUACGCUGGAAGGAACCUCGUUCGCAUGCUGGGGGAAAGCGUCGGGCUGGUGCCUACACAGGUGCUGGUGGAGAACGUGGUGGUCGGUGACCUGCCCUGCUCCUGGAUGAGGAGUCGACUGUACCUCCAGGUGGAGGUCGGCGACGGUCCCCCGCAGGUCUCGGAGGUCCUCGAGGACUGCAACCCCAAGGUGGCGCACUUCCAGACCAGGUUCACGCUGGCCGUCCUGCGGGGUGGGAACGGCGCGCCAGUGCGCUUCGUGAUCCGCGAGCUGCACGUGCUGGGCCACAGGGACGUCUGCGAGUGCCACGUCAACCAGGGGGACAUCGUCGACUGGGCGGGGGCCGGCUGGCAGAGCCACCCGCAGGGCCCGCUGCGCUUCAGGAUGUACCCCCCCAGCGGCGGCGAGCAGCCGGGGGCGCGGACGCUGCCGUCUUGGAUAUUCCUGGAGUUCACCAUCCCCGACGAGCCGCCCGCGGCGAGCAGGGCGAUGGGCAGCUUCGGCCUGCACCUGGUGCUCUCCAACGGCGACGUGGUGGAGACCGACAGCGCGAAGAAGUUCAAGCAGGACUACCAGCUGCUGAGCAGCGGCGGCGACCCACUCCCGCCGGGCUGCGAGCCCGACGAGGAGGUGGUGGGCGACCUGCAGAAAGCCAAGAGGCGACAGAUCGGCAUUGUGCGGUGUGGUUUCGUCUCUGUGCUGCUGUUCUGGCUUGGGUUCGUCGGCCUCGUCUCUUACUUCGGUUCUUGUUGGAUCGAGUGGAAGAAGAUCGCUGUCCUGGUGGAACACGACCUUGACUUCCCCGUCGCUGAGAGCGAGCAGCUGCGGGUGUGGCACGAUUGCGGCUACGAUGAGAACAGCUUCUAUAGGGCCCUUCGUGCCACCUUGCGCUACAUCUCCAGAUACAUGGAGAAGCGAUUCCUCGGCUUCGUCGGAAUGGCGCCACCGAGACCUGAAAGCCCUCCCGAUGCCAGCAGCACGACGAUGGAUCCGAUCCUCAACCCUUGCAUGCCAUCCGCGGCGAGCGUCCACGAGACAUGCACGAACCUUCCUGAAGGGACCAGUUCCCCCAUGUUCCCGGCGCCAGUCCUGGAGUACUUUGUGGAGUGCUCCGCCUCCUUCACCUGCGAUGACGCCAGGGCAGUGAUGUCGUUGUGCAAGAACGCCUUCGACACCGGCAUCAUCUUGCUGGUAUUGCUCGCAGUCAUCUCGUGCGUCAUGCACGUGUACUUCCAGCACAAAGAGAAGCGGGCGUACCGACUCGUGGACUCUGGCGCGCGCGAUCUCGAGGGGUAG